AUGAAAUAUACCCUGCAGUUCUGUAUGUUCCAGGGCAACGGAAGCACGCCAAAUCUCCCGCAAUGCGAAGCCGAUUGUGCUGGAUUGUAUCCAGUACUUCAAACGUCGUGGUUCUCCCCAGAACCUGCAGAACAGUACGCAUAUUGUUCGAUCAACGAUACUGCGUUCCCAAAAUAUGCGAGUACCUGCGCUUCGUGUCUGCUGUCGGAUGAAGGGUCGGUUGUGCUUGGGAAUUUCGGCACUGCGACGUCUACCUCGACAGCGGCCUCGAGCACAAUCUCUGCCACGACGUCAAGUGCAAGCUCUGGCAGCGCGACAACUGGCACUGUAUCGACUGCGUCCAGCUCCGCUGCAACCCUGCCACCUGCAGCGUCCUCCGAUCCCAUCAGCACUGGUGCUUCUGCGCAAGAAACCUCACAAAGUAGCUCUCCCGGCAUUGCGCCCGGGGCAGCCGCGGCUAUUGGAAUCGGCUGUGGACUGGGCGCCAUCGCACUGGCUGCUGGGCUGGGCUGGUGCAUUCUGAAUCGGAGGCGGCGUGUCCGUCGCGGACUGUCCCCUGCCAACACGUUCCAAUACCAGGAGUCAAAGUCAGCACUGCUCAGUGUUUCGCCUCCUCAGCCAGUUCCACUUUACGCGCAACAACUGGCAAGUCGAGAACUGCAUGAAAUGGACGGUAAACAGAGCAAGACUUGGACGAGUGAGCUGGAUGGACGACCUGUACAUUGA